AUGGGGCCUCAACUGCCUCCAAAGUCCUGUGUGUCCUUAGCAGAGAGACUGAAAGAAAAUAAUUUUCCCACCGAACAAAUCCGUCUUAGUGUUCACAACAGAGCAAUGUUUACGUGUGAAAGUAAAGAGCUUGAUGUUGAAAUAAGGAACCUGAUAGAGAAGAAUAACACUUCCCAGUUUUGUGAGGACCCCAAACCUAUUGCCCAAGAGAGUCCAAACCCUCAGAGAACUUCAUGUUCCCUUAAGACCCAGAGUGAAGCAAACACUCAAGGCCAUCUUGAAUGCAUGUGGACAGGUGUGAGUGACAUGGAAGCCUCAGCAGACCCAUUGGAAGCAAGGCACAUGUUACUGACCAAAAAGAAGACUCUAUCAACCAGUUGUCUGGAAGAACAGAUCCUCUCACUGGAAAGACAGAGACGAGAGCUUCUGGAGGUGAACAGACAAUGGGAUAAUCAAUUUAGGAGUAUGAAACAGCUUUAUGAGAAACAGCUGGCAGAAAUGAAAGCAAAACUGGACAUGUCAGAGAGGAGAGUGAGUAAGCUGGAGGAAGAGAGACACCAACAGUAUCCAGAAGAUGGGAGGUUGCAAAGCCUGGGCAGAGAGAGGCCGUUGCAGGAAACGAAAGAAACCAAGGUCCUUAGUGAAGCUCUCCUUGAAAUAAAAGAAAAGAACAAGCUCCUGAAGCAGCAGAAUGCCUCAAUGGUCAGAAAGAAGGAACACUAUGAGUGUGAAAUAAGUCGUCUCAAUAAGGCCCUUCUGGAUGCAUUGAAAAAGCAGCACGCACCUGCUCUUGGGACUUCAGAGAAGGGUGACAAGAACAGCCUUGAGGACAUGAGAAUUCAACUUGAAGUUCUCAGACAGCAGGUACAAAUAUAUGAAGAAGAUUUCAGAAAGGAGAGGUCUGACAGAGAAAGACUUAAUGAGGAGAAAGAAGCAUUGCAGAAAAUUAACAAGAGAUUACAGUCUCAACUGAAUAAACUAAACUCGCAGACCAAAGAUCUCUCAUUGCAGUCUGACAGGCCCAGCUACCCACCUCGCCUCUUCAUCUCACCAUGUGCUAAUCAUGGGAGUUGUGGGUUGGUUCUUCACUAUCAAGAUCCUCUAGUACCUCCAGCAUCUCACAGGGCUCAUGAGCACCAGCACUCACCAGACUAUCAGUGGUAUGUUCCUGACCAGCUUCCGCCAGAUGUGCAGCACAAGGCAAAUGAUUCAUCCUCGGAGAGGGGAGCCCAUCGCUGA